AUGAUGACUCCUGCAUCCAUCGCCUCCACGGACGUGGGGCUGCUGCUGCAAGAUGAUGUUUUUGUGGACUUUUUCAACACCUUUCUGAACCUUCCCGUUUUUGGCCAGACACCUCUUUACAUCAGUGGCACGGGCCAGUGGUACCUGUGGCCAGAGCUCCCGAGCCACCUGGAUCCCAGCCCCGAGGCUUUACUGGCUUGGCUGGAAAAGCACAGGCUGCCUCACUUCUGCAAAUCCAGCCUGUGCCUCCACCUCGUCCUCUGCCAGAAGCUGCUGGCUUUCAUUCGCUCGGGGGAAGCAGCAGAGCUCCUGAACUGGCACGGUGCUGACCAGUGGCUGCUGGAGAGGUGCAUCAGUGGGAGCCACGGCAUGCGGCACUUCCUCACCUUCAUCCGAGGAACUGCAGGGGAAGAGCUGAUCGACUUCUGGCUCAUCACUGAAAGGCUUCUGGGUCUGGAUGAGUCAGAUGGGAGUCAGAGGGACCUGUUCUUGUCCCUGCUUCAGAGGCUGAGAGCCACUCACCUGCGCGAGGGCUCCAGCGUCGUCACCCUCUGCACCACCAUCCUUGGAUCUCUGCCGAAAGCCAGGCACAUCCAGGCCCUCAGCACCAGGAGGGAGAUCCUAAGCAAGAUGCAGGAGCAGGCCCUUUCUAUGAUCCAGAGUUACUGGCUCCCUAAAUUCUUUGUGCACUGCAAGAUGGGAAUGGAGGAAGAGGAAUCGUGCCAGCCUUUGCUCCAGGAAUAUCAGGAACGUUUAGCACAGACCUGCUGGCAGGAGCCCCCAGGCCUUUCAGAGCCCCUCCACACCAUGCACAUCAAAAGGAGCCAGGGCGUGUCAGGGCCCUACUGCAGCCAAAAAGGCAAAUUAGAGAUCUGGGCUCUGGUCAAGGAGGGGAGAGACAGCCAAGAAUUGAAAAUGGACACUUUUUGGGUGAAACCAGAGAAGCAGCCAGGGCCAGCUGGGAGCACUGAGGGAUUGUGUCCGGAUGAGGAUGCUUUGGGAUCGAUUCCCCAGCAGUCAGAGCAUCCUGCCUUUGGAGGCAGAGGGGGAGGAACAUUUCCUGGAAAACCUCAGUCCAGUGCAGAGCAGGAUCUAGAAGACCUCUGUAAGGAGAAAGUCCUCUCUGACUUGCCUCCCUCUGCCCGGCUGCCAUCCCUGAAAAAGCCAGUCAAUACCUUGGAUUUCCUUCCCUGGGCCCUGAGUGCCGAGGUCUGUGCGGGACGACCCUUCAGAGACUUCCUGCAGCACCAGAACAGGCCCGUGGAGACUCAUCUCCUGGACCUGUGGCACGACCUGGAGGAGUUUCUGCCCGUGGUGCUGGACUCCAACAGAGAAAACAGCUUCUUCCUGCGCCAUUUGAUUGGGGAAAAGAUCUGCAAGACCUACCUGGAGGAGAGCAGCAGUGAGAAGCUUCCCUUGGAGACCAGGACUCUCAUGAGUCUGUGGGACUAUCUGAUAUGUGGAGAAUUCUCCCCCUGGAUAUUCAGAGCCCAGAAGGAGAUUUGCAAGGUGCUCUGCAGCCUCUACGAGGAAUUUCUGGCCGUCGAUGACAGGAUGUUCCUCCAGUUUAUGGCUCCAGGGAUGGACGUCCCCAAGGCCGAGGUGCCAGGCCGUGCUGCUGGCACAGAAAAACAUCUCCACCUGUCCCAGAGGAUGAACCAGUCCCUAAAGCUGAGCCAGGCCUUGCAUGGCACCAGGAGCUUGGAGGAGAUCUCCUCCAGGCACUGGCAAUUGCUUGCUGCUCGGGACCUCCAGAGAGGGGGCUCCAUCCAGGCAGAGCUGGAGCUGCUCCUGGGCAGUGAUGAAUUACAGAGGAUUAUGGCAGAUGUGCAGGAUGUGGGUAGCCCAAGCAAGGAAGAGGAGCUUCUGCAGCUCCUGAAUACAGCAUUUGCUGUUGCAUCUGAGAGGAUUGCUAGAGAGAAUGCUGAAGCUGCUGCAAGGAAGAAGGCAUCUAGAAAACGCAGGUUUGAGGAGGAUGACGAGGAGGAUGAGGAAGAGGAGGAAGGCAUCCAUCAGAAGAAGAAGAAGAAAGAAGACAAGGGAUGUCACCUGAAUGGGGUGAGGGGGUCAGACUUGGGAGAGCUGCAGAAAGUCAGCAGGGAAAGGCUCCCUCCUACAGGCUCUGGAGUCCUGGUUGAGCGAUUCACACCAUCCCCUGGGGCCACCAGGGAAACUGAGGAAUACUGGAAAGCAAAGAUGAUGGCUGGGUCACAAAUCCCACUGCCAGGGCUGCUCCAGCUCACGGUGGUGGGUCCAAACAGGAGGGCUCAGCUCCCUGGCUAUGCCACCUGUGCCGUGUCUCUGCAGGGAUGGGCCUGGGAUGCCAUCCGGGAGCUUGUCGGGAGCUUCUGCAAGUUCCAGAGGGAGAUGAAAAAUCAAGAACGCCGUGCAGAAUUUGAGGAGUUUCUCCGUCAGGAGCGAAGAAACGAGAGGGAAAACUUGCCCAUCAAGGAGAAGAAGAAGAAGAGCAAAAGUCCUGCUAAGAGCUCCCGCUCCCGCAAGGGCAAAGCCCAGCCACAGAAGGUGACGCUGGUAAAGCGCCGCAUUUUGGACAAACAGCUCAUCGUCAUCAGCUUCCUCGUCGAUGACCUCCGCUUUUACCUGGAGAUGGACAAGUUUUCCAGGUUGGCUGACUCCAUAGGAGCUGUGGCACUCCACAAGAUGCGGUCAGAAAGGCACGUCGCCUUUCUCAGAAAGAAACGUGAAAUCAUCAGCAGACUUUUCCUGAACUCUGAUCUCCCCCCCAAGCUGCGGGUCAACAUCUCUGAGAAAGAGAGGGAUUUAAUCUGCCGUCCAUCUUCCAAGGGGCCACUGACCCGGGCUAUCUACCACAACGCCAAGGUCACCCUCUUCCCCAUCCUGAUGUACUUCUGGAGAAGGUUCUGCAUCUGGAAGGUGAUGAGGAGCUUUCGGGCCUACCAGGGGGACAAGAGCCCUGAGACCAAUGAGGAGGACGGGAGCUUUCAGCUCACCAAGGGGGACAAGAGCUUUUUGGGCCUCAAGGAGGAGAAGAGAUCACAGGAACCCAAGGGAGACAAGAGUUCCUGGGGCCAAAAGGAGGAGAGGAGAUCUCAGGAACCCAAGGGAGACAAGAGCUCCUGGGGCCAAAAGGAGGAGAGGAGAUCUCAGGAGCCCAGGAGGGACAAGAGUUCCUGGAGCCAAAAGGAGGAGAGGAGAUCUCAGGAGCCCAAGAGGGACAAGAGCUCCUGGGGCCAAAAGGAGGAGAGGAGAUCUCAGGCACCCAAGAGGGACAAGAGCUCCUGGGGCCAAAAGGAGGGCAGAGUUCCAACCUCUGCACCUCCUGGAAAAACCCCCUCCAAAGCACCCAAGAUCCCCGGUCCCAAGAAGCUGGUGGCCAUUCCCUCUGCUACACGUUAUGCUCCAGGUAGAAGGGCUGUCCUCAUCUUCACGCUGUCAGGCGGCCUCGAGCUCCUGCUGCCACGGCCCGAGAUGAAAAAGGAGCCUUCAGAGGAGGAAAAAGGUGAGCCAGUGCUGAAAGGGGCCCUCCUGCUCCUGAGGGCUGUGGGGAUGGGAGCUGCAGGAGGAUGGAGAGCUCCCUGCAGCACCCGUGGUGGAAGUUUGUGCUGUUGUUGCCCUCAGAUGCAGGUCCCAGUGAGGAGAAGAGGCCCUCGCUCAGCGAGUCUGCCCCACAGGGCGGGAACGAAGUGGAGCUCAGCCCUCCCAAAACAGCACCCACAGAGGUGGGAUCUGAGGAAGUUGAGCAGCCUGGACACAGGGAAUCAUCUGAAGUUUGUCAGCAAUAAGACCUAAAAAUAAAAGCAACUCACAGCAUCCUCCAGCUUACCUGGUGGCAGCACAUAACAGCUCACAGCUCUGCAGGGACUUGCUGUGACAUGUAUUUCCAGCUGAAACACCACACAAAUCUCACUCCUCACGUGGAUCUGCAGACUGUACCUCAGCUCCUCACCUUUCCACACAAAUUAAACACUUCCUGUGGCUGAGAGAGCCCAUUUGGUUCCCUCACUCAGCUGGCUGCUGAGAAAAUGCCUGUUUUCACAAAGCCUUUCUGAUUUUCCCACCAAAAUCAGCUCAUGCCUUACUGGGGCUUCAGCAUGCUUCUUUUUUUGGUGAAGUUUUGGGGUUUUGUUGGUUUUUUUUUUAAGCCAAUGUGUGUUUACAAAACACUAACCAAAUCAUAGCAAGGGCCUUAAUUUUCCCCAGGUGAAACUGAGUCAAAGUGACUUUGCCAAGUGACCAGGAAGCUGCAGAAAUCACAAAUAUUCUUUGGACCUCGUGAAGAAAAAAACCACAACCUUUAUCAGUUUGUCAGAGGCAAGCUCUCAGCUUUGUCAUUUUGAGCUGUUUUUAAUCCCAGAUCCUAAAAGAAUGCAACCUGGGAAUAACACCAGCUACAUUUGAAGGCAUAUUUCCUAUUUAUCAGUUAUGAUUAUCAACACUUUGCCUCUGGAGGAUCAAAAAAAAACCAAAAAAAAAUCAAAAAACCCAAGAACAUUUUUUUAACUGAAGGGCUUGGGAAGCUGAAAUGAAAUGUGACCAACUCUCAGAGCUGCUUUUAUGCUGGAAGUUUAUUUUGCCCCAAAAGCUUUCAGCCUCGAAAUCUUGCCGUGUUUUUGUCAGCUUUUCACUAACACUCCUGAACCCACCUGAGCCCAGGCCCUCUAAGGCCUCACAGAUGUGCCUGAAGCUCAGCACAGUGAAACCACAGCUAAGUAAAGCCUUCACUGCACUGCUCCUGUGGGCUGCUCUGUGGGUUUGUUUCUCAGAGCAGCAGAUGAGCCACGGUGAGCUGGGAGCAUCCCUGUGCACACAGGCGCAUCCUCAGCGCGCGAGAGCCAGGACAGGGAGCACCUGAUCCCAUCACACUGGGCUGGGCCAGCUGGCCUGGGGGGUCCCAGCAGAGGAAAAAGCAGAGGCACAGCAAAUGCAGGCAGGACAGAAGGGCAGUGAAGCGUGU